UCUUUAUUUUCUUUUCAUUGCUUGUCUAUAAAUGUGCCAUGUCUAUAUCUUUGUAUACCAGAUCAUUGCACCCUCUGCUCCAAGUUAUCUUUUAACUAAAUGUUUUGGCAGUAACUGUCAAGGUUUGUAUUUGUUUAUUUAUUGAUCUACUUAUUUUUUACUCAUCUUUUAGAUUGUGUUGUCCUCUACCACUUCUUCCAGCUGAAGAGUGAUCACCAGUACCUUUCUUAAGUUUCGAAACAUCACAAUGCCAAAAAAAGGAAAGAGGAGUGAAUCUCAGAAACAGCGCAGAAAACGAGAAGCUUCAUUUGGCACCAGUAGCAGUGCCAGCUCUGUAUCAGGUAAGAAUGAUGCAUACGUUAUGUCUGUUACAGCAUCCCACUGCCAAAACGAUGACAGGUACAGUAGUUACUCUAGAAACCGCCAGUGUACUUGCAAUUCAUUGAUGUUCCUAGCAGUCCACAAUGAACGCAAUGAGCUAAAGAGUUUUGACUUAGACUGGAUUUUACAGAGAGGCGAUGCAGUUUACACUGUUGUCAAACAAUCGCUCCAAAGCAAAGGCCAGUUUGUCGAUAGUUUUUUAAACUUUGAUGAGCUACCAAACUCAAUGCAGACAAAUGCUCACCAGUAUGACAUUCUUAAACAUCCUCAAAGAUCUGGGCUUCUAAAGGAUACACCUGCCCUAGAUGAGUAUGAAAAUCUUGAGAAUACACUGCAGUGUCUUAAAAAUGAUGCGACUCAUGCAUUGCUGCUGUGUGGAGGAUUGUGUAUCGCUGUAUUCAGAGAUCGCUCAGGGAGGUUUGGCUACUUUGAUUCUCACUGCAGAAAACCAGAUGGCAUGUAUACAGGUGAAAGAACAGGGACAGCCGUGAUGUUGACGUUUUUCCAUUUAAAAGACAUGGUAGAGAGACUACUUCUUUUGUUUCAAGGGUGCUUCCAGUUUAGUGAUCAAGAACAAUUUGAUCUUUUACCAGUGUCAUUCAUUGAAGUUACAGAAACUGAUGUGCAUUCAGAAGUCCCAAUGAAGUGCCGUGUGCUUGAACGUGAAGGAAUACCAUGCGUUUCUUUUGAGAAGGCUCCAAAUCAUCAUUUACAAUCUACAAUUAAGCAGAUAAAAACAUUCAAUAAGACUCAAAAUAAUUUUCUAUCAGUUGCAGCAUCCCACUGUCAAAGUGAUGUCAGGUACGACAGUAACUCCAGAAACCGGCAGUGUACGUGCAAUGCCUUAAUGUUCCUAGCAGUCCACAAUGAAAGUAAUCAGCUACAGAGUGCUGAUCUAGAUUGUGUCUUACAGAAAGGUGAUGCAGUUUAUAGUAGUGUCAAACGAUCUCUCCAGAACAAAGGCCAGUUUGUACAUGAUUUUUUAAAUUUUGAUGAGCUACCGAGCACAAUUGAGACAAACUCCCGAUGUUACAACAUUGUAAAACAUCCUCAGAGGUUUGGUUUUCUGAAAGAUACACCUGCUCUAGGAGAGUAUGAAAAUCUUGAGAAUACACUGCAGUGUCUUAAAAGUGGUUUAACUGAUGCAUUGCUGCUUUGUGGAGGCUCAUGCAUUGCUGUUUUUAGAGAUCGCACAGGGAGGUUUGGCUAUUUUGAUUCUCACAGUAGAACACCAGAUGGCAUGUAUACUGGUGAAAAAUCAGGCACAGCCGUGAUGUUGACCUUUCUUCAUUUAAAAGCCAUGGUAGAGAAACUACUUCAGUUGUUUCAGGGGUGUUUGCAGUUGAGUGAUCAAGAACAGUUUGAUCUUUUACCUGUGUCAUUCAUUGAAAUUACUGGAAAUUAUGUCCACACGGAAGUCUCAAAGGAGUGCCAUGAGCCUGAAGAUGAUGUAGCUAAUGAACAGUCCCAUUCAACUUAUCAAGAUAAAAUUAAUGUUGUAACUACCUUCACUAACUAUCAGGGCAGAUUAAAACCCAACGUAUUAUUAAGUGAGUUUUCUUAUGACAUCUCGUCAACUUGUCAGUUGGCUUUGUCAGCUCCAAAUCAAAUACAUUCACCGUUGACAUUUGAGAAGCCAAAAAAACUGAAUAAAGCUCAAAAGCGCAAGUUUUAUUGCAACAAAAGGCGCAAAAUAAUGGCUCAGAGACAAGAUAAUUAUACAAAAAUACAGAAUGCAAGUAAGGAUUACGUGUAUAAAACAAGUAGUGAAUACAGACAAAAACAUAAACAAGCCAUGAAAAACAGCUAUUGGAACAACAUGAUUUACAGAGAGCAGCACAAAAAAGCUAUGAAAAGCAACUAUGAAAUUAAUGAAAAUAGAGAGAGAAAAAAAAGUAAUGCAAUAAGCAAGUACAGGAAUGAUGAACAAUACAGAAAUAGGAAAAAAAGUAAAAUAAUCUUAAAUUACAUAAAUAAUGAACAAUUUAGAAAGAGACAAAGGAAUUAUAUAAUUCAAAAGUACAGGAAAAAUGAUCAAUUCAGGGAGAGACAAAAGUAUUAUAUAAUUCAAAAAUACAGGACUGAUGAUCAAUUCAGGGAGAGAAAAAAGUAUUCUAUAAUUCAAAAAUACAGGACUGAUGAUCAAUUCAGGGAGAGACGAAAGCACUAUAUAAUUCAAAAAUACAGGACUGAUGAUCAAUUCAGGGAGAGACAAAAGCACUAUAUAAAGGAAAAUUAUAGAAACAAUGCCAAAUAUAAGGAACAACAUAUGCAAUAUCUUGUUGAUAGAUAUUUAAAUUAUCCAGAUUUUAGGCAAAGGCAAAGGGAACACUAUAGAAACAGAUGCAAAAAUGAUCCUCUUUUUUAUGAAAAAAGAAAAAAAAAAUUUAAGCAACGUUAUCAAUGUGAUGCACAGUUUAGGGCUCGCCAGAACAAUUAUAAUUUAUUCAAAUCUAAAAAUUUGAAAAAAAAUGAAAAAAUGUCUAAACUUAAGGCUCUUCACAAAGUGCACUGCGCACAGGGCAUACAAUGUAAAUACAAAAAAAUGUUUCUGAUACGCCAGCAAACAGAAAUGUUACAAAAUAUUCAGCCUGACAUAGAUCCAGUCAUGGUAACUGCCUUAAAUAUAUUCAGAGAUGUUAUAAAACAGGGUCCAACUUAUGUCUGCACAUGCUGUGCCAGGGCACUCUUCUUAAAUCAAGUACGUAGAUGUGAUCGAGAGAAGUAUCAAAAGAAUCCAGAACUGGUUUCACUUUGUUUGACUGCGAACUAUGUACACAUCAGCUCCAACUGUCCAGAUCAAUGUAACUUGGAAGACAUGACAACAGAGUGGAUCUGUCAUUGCUGUCAUACGACCCUUUUAACAGGUCAAAUGCCAGAUAUUGCUGUAGUCAACAAGCUUCAGUUUUUUCCCAUUCCCUCAGAACUUUGUAAUUUGAAUAUCCUAGAAAGACAUGUUAUUGCAAAAUACAUUCCAUUUGCUAAAAUUUUAACUCUUCCUAAAGGUCAACAGAGAGCUAUUAAAGGAGCUGUAAUUUCUGUUCCAUCUGAAGUAGAAACAACAGUGAAUAGUUUACCUAGACCAAGAAAUGAUUCACAGCUGCUAACAGUGAAACUGAAAAGACGUCUAUGCUACCAGGGUCACUAUCAGUUUCAGACUUUAAACAUGCAUAAAGUUUUGUCUGCUUUAAAAAAACUGAAAGAAAUCCAUUCAGAAUAUAAAAAUAUAUGCAUUAAUACAGCAUUUUUUGAAGAAGAAAUGUUAAGUGAGCAUGAAGAGGAUGAAAUGAAUAUUGAAGAUCGCAGCCAAAAUGAGAACAUUGAAGAACAGAGCAAUGAGAAUGUGCAAAAUGAUGACACUGAGACCACUGCAGAAGAACAAUCAAGAGGUCUUGCUUUGGAUACAUGUCUUCAACCUCCAGAUCUUGCUCAGCAGCUAUUGUCCUAUGAUGAUGGGAUAUUUUGUAUUGCCCCAGCUCAAGGAAACAAACCUGUAAGCAUUUUUAAAGUACCUAAACUCGAAUCCAUGGCAUUUCCAGUGCAGUUUCCAGAUGGAAAGAACACCUUUGAUGAGCCUCAUAGAGCCAAGCAUAUUUCCCCUAGCAGGUAUUUUAAUUCUAGACUGUUGUCUAUAGACAAUCGUUGUGCAAGAGAUACUAACUAUAUCUUCUUUGCACAAUUUGUGACCGAAAUGCACAUGGCCACAUCUAGUAUGUCUAUCCAGCUGAGGAAAGCAAAACCCAUGACCCGUGAUGGACGAAGAAUAAACUGUUCACUGCUGCAGGACAAACGGGAGUUAGAAAAACUUGUAUUAAAUAAGGAAGCAACACGUUUUAUGCAGCCAUUAAGAGGGACUCCAGCAUACUGGGAGAAAACUCUUCGUGAUUUGUUUGCUAUGCUUCGGCAGCUGGGCACUCCAACAUUUUUCUGUACAUUUAGUGCUGCUGAAAUGAGAUGGCCUGAAGUGAUUACUGCCAUUAAAACACAACAGCGUGAAACUGUAAACUUUGCUGAUUUAGACUGGUCAGAAAAAUGUGAAAUCUUGAAAAGCAACCCAGUAACAGCUAUGAGAAUGUUUGAAAAACGCGUUGAGGCCUUAAUGAGAGAUUUAAUCAUGUCACCUGCUCAACCUGUUGGUGAGGUUAUUGACUUUUUUUACAGAGUAGAGUUUCAACUUCGUGGCUCUCCGCACAUUCAUUGUUUAUUUUGGGUAAAAGAUGCUCCAGAGUUUGAACAUGAUCAAGAUCAGGUGGUUUGUGAUUUCAUAGAUAAAUACAUUUCAUGCAAAUUACCAGAUGUAAUCAAAGACCCAGAAUUGCAUAGAAUUGUAAGUGAGGUGCAGAUGCACAGCCGUAACCACUCCAAAUCUUGCAGAAAGAACAAUAAGCAUUGCCGAUUUGGAUUUCCUAAACCACCAAUUAAUAGGACUAUGAUAACUCGUCCCAGACCUCCUCCAGAAAAUCAAUCAAAUGAACAAGGUGAAUCAACAGAGGAAAAUCAUCCUUUUAAUGCUAAAAAUGCUAAAGCUGAGCUUCAGAAAGUGUGGGAUCUACUGAAUGACUCAACUAAGAGUUUUGAAAACGUAACAGAUUUACUUAAUCAAGUAAACAUGACUUAUGAGGAUUAUGAGAAUCACAUUGACGCUCUUUCUAAAUCAAGUGUAAUAGUUAUGGAGAGACGACCACAGGACUGCUGGGUUAACGGCUAUAAUCCACUACUAUUAAGAGCCUGGAAUGCAAAUAUGGAUAUACAAUUCAUUCUGAACCCCUACAGCUGCAUCAUGUACAUGCUGUCAUACAUUUCAAAAGCUGAACAUGAGAUGAGCGAUUACUUAAAAACUGUUAUAAGAGGGUCGAGCCAUGAGGACUUGUCUGACCGUGAAUGCAUGAAAAAGGUCAUGAAUGCCUAUUCAAAGAACAGAGAAGUCAGUGCUCAAGAGGCAGUUGCUCGCACAUGCAGCCUGAAGUUGAAAUCAUCAUCACGUGCUGUCAUAUUCAUUCCAACGGAUGACAAUGCUGUAAAAAUGAGUCUACCAAUGAAAUACUUGCAGAAUAUGGAUGAUGAUGUAGAGAAUGUCUGGAUGACUGGACUGCCAGACAAGUACAAGGCCAGACCAAAUAGACCUGAAUUCGAGAACAUGUGCAUGGCUGAGUUUGCCAAAAUACGCACCUCCUUGGAGAGCAUGCCAAAAGCUGAUUUUCACAAUUUUCAGCCCAUCUUAGAUUUAUUGCAGGAUUCAAACCUAAAUUCAGCACUUAAAAUCAUUCACCAUAACACAGAAGGUCUUCAGUGUCACAUGGAUGAUUUAAAAUGCCACCAUGAACUUUUAUUGGCAGACAUAUUGUGUCUCAGUGAAACGCAUCUAUCUGGCUCCUGUGUUCCUGAAUAUCUCCAGCUGGAUGGAUACACCAUGUACAAGCGCAACAGGCAUUCAUCCUACACAAACUAUGCACAUUUAGCGAACAAGAGUGGUGGUGGUGUAGCCAUAUAUGUGAAGAACAUCUUUCAAGCUCGUCCUAUGAUGUAUAUCCAGAAUGUUACAGAUUUGGAAUAUCUGGUUUUGAAGAUAGAAACCCCCAAACAAGCACUUCUUGCAGUGAUCUACAGACCACCCAGUUACCAACUAUCAGAGUUUUUGCUCAAUCUCAAUGGCCUUUUGACUUCUCUGGAGAUUCUGAACAUCAAGCCUGUUAUAGUGUGUGGAGACUUCAAUGAAGAUCAGCUGUCCCGUUGCAACAAACCCAUUCUUAAUUUGUUUCAUAAUAAAGGAUACACACAACUCAUCAGCACCGGAACAACAGAAAACAACACUCUUCUUGAUCCUGUUUUCAUAAGCAGCGCACACUCAAAUGUAAGAGCAGGAGUUCUACAGACAUAUUACAGCUAUCAUGAUCCUGUGUAUUGUGUUUUAGAAUAG